AUGGAUGGAUUUGAGAUAUCUAUUGAAAAUUUUCAUUCCAUGUACCGGAGAGAUGGUUGUCCUUGGAACUUUGCUUUACAAUUGAACUUUUCCUCUUUUGUUGGUGGGAGUGGGAGAUCACGAAAAGCUCUUCUGGAAAGAAGGGCUGUAGAGAAGGCUACAAGUGGGAGGAACUAUCUGUAUAAAGUUUCUCUUUCAUUGGUGUUUGUUUUGUGGGGCUUGGUCUUUCUGUUCAGCUUAUGGAUAAGCCGUGGGCAUGGUUAUGGAGAUGGAUCUAGAGAAGUUCCUGCUAGUGUAUCAAAUUGGAAUGAAGAUGAACACAAACAAUGUAAAAACUCUAAUUCUGCGGAUGAAUAUUUGACUGAAGAGACUGAUGACACCUAUACUCCUUCUGGAACUUUCUCCUCUGGUGUUGCCAAAUCCAAUGGUUUUAUUGCCAAGUCACUUUCCGGUGGAGAAAGCAUAAAAAACAUUGAACCGGUUGAUAAAGAAAAUUACAUUUCUCCUAAGAUAGAGGAGCAUGAAGUUGAGAGAUCUGAAUCUUCUGUGAAACUUCAAAAUGAUGUGCACAAGUAUAAUCACUUGUCUCAGGCAAUGCCUCUUGGUCUUGACGAAUUCAAGAGCAGAGCAAUUGGUUCUAAAAUAAAGUCUGGCACUAAUCCAUCUGGAAGUGUAAUACAUAGAUUAGAGCCUGGUGGUGCAGAAUACAAUUAUGCUUCAGCAUCAAAGGGAGCAAAGGUGUUAUCUUCUAACAAAGAAGCCAGAGGUGCCUCUGAUAUCCUAAGCAGAAAUAAAGACAAAUAUCUCCGCAAUCCAUGUUCUUCAGAAGAGAAAUUUGUUGUUAUAGAACUAUCUGAAGAAACCUUGGUAAAAACAAUAGAAAUAGCUAAUUUUGAGCACCAUUCUUCCAAUUUCAAAGAUUUUGAAUUACAUGGCAGUUUGGUCUAUCCAACUGACAGUUGGAUAUUCCUCGGCAACUUCACGGCCUUAAAUGUGAAGCAGGCUCGGCGGUUUGUUCUUCAGGAGCAAAAAUGGGUGAGAUAUCUAAAAUUGAACCUUCAAAGCCACUAUGGUUCUGAAUUCUAUUGCACAAUAAGCAUAUUUGAAGUUUAUGGGGUGGAUGCCAUUGAGAGAAUGCUGGAGGAUUUGAUAUAUGAUCAAGAUAAGCCAUUUGCAUCUGGGGAAGGUAAUGGUGAGAAGAGGGUAGCACCAUCCUUCCUUGCUAACUCUUCCGAUGGUGAUGUUCCACAGAAUACUAUCAGAGGGAUCAAUUCUGAUCCUGCCUCAGAAAUCUCUUCUGAAAACAAAGAAGCUGUAAUUGUGAAUAGAAAUGUUCCCGAUCCAGUUGAAGAAAUUCGUCAACAAGUUGGCCGGAUGCCAGGGGAUACUGUUCUCAAGAUUCUGAUGCAGAAAGUUCGCUAUCUGGACUUAAAUUUGUCUGUUUUGGAGCAGUAUAUGGAGGACUUAAAUUCCAGAUAUGUUAGUAUUUUCAAAGAGUACGGAAAAAACAUGGGAGAAAAAGAUCUAUUUCUGGAGAAGAUCAAAGAAGAAAUUAGGAGUUUCCUUGAACAACAAGAUGUUAUGAUGAAAGAAGUUAGUGAUCUUGAUUCUUGGAAGUCCCAUUUCUCUGUGCAACUGGAUCAUGUACUGAGGGACAAUGCUGUUUUAAGGUCUGAGGUUGAAAAAGUCAGGGAAAAUCAGGUGUCUAUGGAAAACAAGGGUGUGGUUGUGUAUUGUGUGUGUGUUAUUUUUUCAUUUCUUGCUAUAUUACGGCUAUCAUUAGAUAUGAUUAUGAGCAUCUAUAGAGUCCUAAGUUUUGAAAGAAAAAUACCCUCCAGGAAAUUUUGCCAAGGGACCUCUUCCUGGUUUCUGCUAUUACUCAGUUGUAGCAUUAUUAUUUUCACAUUAACUUUAUGA